CGAGUGUCCGGUGUCAUGCCCCUUCCCCCUGCCUCCCCCCUGCGGCGGAAUGGUACGCGCCGUUCCGAUAGAGGGCGGGGCGGCGGGCGCGGCGCCUCCUCGCACUGUGACACACGGAGCCGGGCGCUGGCGGAGAACGGAGUGGAGCCGGGGUCCUCGUCGCGGCGGCGGCAACAACGGGGAAGGAGCAGCCUCCCUCCGGCACACAGCAUGGCUCGCUCCGGCGUCGCCUUCUCCCCGUCGAGGUGGCCGCGGCGUUGCCUUCGCUGCUGUCCCUCCCACUCCGCUUGGCUAUCGCUGGGCUUGCUCCUCUCCCGACUCUGCUGCGGUGCCUUAGCUGGACCAGUUGUUGAUCCACAUGUGAGAGCAGUAUGGGGGAAGAAUGUUACACUGAAGUGCAUAAUUGAUAUAAAUGAAACAUUAACACAAAUUACGUGGGAGAAAAUACAAGGAAAGAAUGCACAGACUGUAGCUGUUCACCAUCCCGAUUACGGAUUUUCUGUUCAAGAAGACUAUCAAGGAAGAGUAUCACUUAAAAAUACAUCACUUACUGAUGCAUCUAUCAUCUUAAAGAAUGUAACCUUCUCUGAUUCUGGACAAUAUGUAUGCAAAGCGGCUACAUUCCCACUAGGAAACUCUCAAUCAACAACGUCAGUAACUGUAUUGGUUGAACCAAUUGUGAGCCUAACAAGGGGACCAAAUACUUUAAUAGAUGGAGCCAAUCAAACUGUUGCAGCCAUUUGCACAGCAGCCACUGGAAAACCAGCUGCAGAUGUUGUCUGGGAAGGUGAUCUUGGUGAAAUGGAAUCCACUUCAACCUCUUUUCCAAAUGAAACUGUGACAGUGGAGAAUCAAUACAAGCUUGUCCCCACCAGAUUUGCUAGAGGGAGACAUAUAACUUGUGUUGUGAAACAUCCCGCUUUGGAAAAAGAGAUAAGAAUGGAUUAUGCAUUGGAUAUUCAAUAUUCCCCCGAGGUUACAGUAACUGGGUAUGAUGGAAACUGGUAUAUUGGACGAGAGCAUGUUUUACUCAGGUGUAAUGCUGAUGCAAAUCCACUGCCAAUGAAGUUUACAUGGAGUCGAUUAGAUGGAAGUUGGCCUGAAGGUUUGCAGCCCUUAAACAAUACUCUGCAUUUCAACAGCCCUUUGACUUACAAUUAUACUGGAACCUAUGUUUGUAAAGUGGCCAAUUCAUUGGGCCAAAGAAGUGAUCAAAAGACUAUCUACAUAUUAGAUGUUCCAUUUAAACAGUCAUCACCAGUAGCUGUAGCUGGGGCUGUAAUAGGAGCAGUACUUGCUCUAUUUAUCAUUACCAUCUUUGUGACAGUACUUCUCACUCCUAAAAAGAAAAGACCCUCUUACCUGGACAAAAUGAUUGAUCUUCCACCAACACAGAAACCACCAUCUUCAUAUGAGGAAAGAGCUCGUUCUCCAUCACAAAAAGAAAUAAUUCUUCCAGCUUCAUCCCCAUGUAAGCCGCCCUGAGUCCCUUUGUUCUGAUGGUUUGCUCCUGGGCUGCAGGUAUCAGGCCUUCUGUCUCCUUCUUCAGGGUCCCAUUUGUGAGCCAGAGCCAGUUUUCUCCUUAUCAGCUUUUCCUUCGAUUUUGUCAAGGAAUUUUCCAUGCAAUGUUUUGUUAUGCCAGCUGUCAGCUCUAGUUUGUAGUGUGGUUUUCUUGUACUGAUUCUUUGUCUGCUGUGUUUUGAGGAGUUUCUGAUUUUUGACUUCAAUCAAAGCAGGUUCUUCACUUUGCUUUACAUAUUCUUCCAGGGCAUGUUCUUCUUCUUUGACUGCUUGUUUUACUUGUAAGAGUCCUCUGCCCCCUGAUCUUCUAGGCAGAUAUAGCUGGUCAACAUCACUGUGUGGGUGCAGUGAAUGACGAAUGGUCAUGAGUUUUCUUGUGUUUCUGUCCAAAUUGUCCAAUUCUGCCUGUGUCCAGUUUAUAAUGCCAGCAGUAUAUCUUAUGACAGGUAUGGCCCAGGUGUUUAUGGCCUUGAUGGUGUUGCCUCCAUUGAGCUUGCUUUUGAGAAUUUUUCUGACCCUUUGUGUGUAUUCUUUGCUGACCACAGUUUUCACAUGUUCAUGCUUGAUGUUGUACAGCUGUAAUAUGCCCAGAUAUUUAUAGGCCUCUGGCUGGUGACACUUUAUUGUUUGGCCAUUAGGCAUAUUUAUGCCCUCACUGUCAAUGAUUUUUCCCUUCUUCAAUGCCACUGUCAAACAUUUGUCCAAACCAAAUUCCAUGCUGAUAUCAGUGCUAAAAUUCAGACAGUGGUCAGAGACUGGAUUUCAGUUUCUGUUUUCCCAUACAGCUUCAGGUCAUCCAUGUACAUCAGAUGUGAAAUUUUGUGAGAUUUCUUAGAUGUUUGAUAGCCGAGAUUUGUUUUUUGUAAGAUUGUUGACAGAGGAAUCAUGGCAAUAAUGAAAAGCAGAGGGCACAAUUAAUCUCCCUGGAAAAUUCCUCUUCUGAUGUUGACAAGUCCAUAGCUUUCAUUUCCAACAAAAACAGUUCAGUUUUCCAGUGCUCCAUCAUGUUUUCAAUAAAGGUGCCAACGUUUUUACUGAUCCCGAUGGCGUCCAGGCACUUGAUGAUCCAGCUGUGUGGGAGUGAGUCAAAGGCCUUUUUGUAGUCAAUCCACGUCAUGUGAAGAUUAGCUUUUCGGCUCUUACAGUUCUCCAGAAUAAUUUUGUCAAUCAAUAACUGGUCUUUCGUGCCCCUGCUUUUCCAUUUGUUGCCUUUCUGUUCAUCUGGCAAGUCUUGAAUUCUGUCAGCUAUGAUGCCAGUCAGUAGUUUAAACAUAGUGGGCAGACACGUUAUUGGCCUGUAGUUUCCUGGUGCUGCUCCUUUUGCUGGAUCCUUUUGUAUCAGGUAUGUGCUUCCAGUUGUUAGCCAUUCACUGAUACUUCCUUUCUGCAGCAUCUCAUUGAAUUGUUGGGCCAUUUUUCCAUGUAAACUAAUCAGAUCUUUGAGCCAAAAUCCAUGAAGUUGAUCACUACCAGGCAACAUCCAGUUCUUGAUUUUUUGCACUCGUUUGCUGAUAAUUUCAGUUGUCAUUUCCAUCUGUUCCAUUUUGUUCUGUGAGAAUUUUCCUUCAAACUCCUUUAUCCACUCAGCGUUUUUGUUGUAGUUACUAUUUUCCCAAAGUUCUUUCCAGAACUUUGUUGUUGCAUUUUUCUCUGUCUUUAUGGUUACUGUGUCUGUUGUUUGGUUCAGACUCUGGUGGAACCAUCUUUGGUCUGAUUGAAAUGGUUGAUGUGUUGUCAAAGGCUUUCAUGGCCGGGAUCACAGGAUUGUUGUAUGUCUUUCAGGCUGUGUGGCCAUGUUCUAGAAGUAUUCUCUCCUGACGUUUCGCCCACAUCUAUGGCAGGCAUCCUCAGAGGCUGUGUGGCAUAAACUAGGCAAGGAAAGGAAAAGAUAUAUAUCUGUGGAGAGUCCAGGACAGGGGUCCCCAAACUAAGGCCCAGGGGCCGAAUGCAGCCCAUCGAAGCCAUUUAUCUGGCCCCCAUGGCACAAGGGCAAAAGGGGGUUGGGCUAAAUGAUCCAAGGGAUCUCUUCUUCUCUUACAACCCUUUAUUAUUAUUAUUAUUAUUAUUAUUAUUAACAUUGAGGCUGGGUGGCCAUCUGUCAGGGAUGCUUUGCUUGUGCUUUUGGUGCGCAGAGGCAGAAGGGGGUAGGACUAAAUGGCCCAAGGGAUCUCUUCCAACCCUCUUUAUUAUUAUUAUUAUUGUUGUUGUUUUGUUGUUGUUGUUACUAUUAUUAUUAACAUUGAGGCUGGGUGGCCAUCUGUCAGGGGUGCUUUGCUUGUCCUUUCGGUACACAAAGGCAGAAGGGGAUUGGACUCAAUGGCCCAAAGGGUCUCUUCCAACCCUCUUUAUUAUUAUUAUUGUUGUUGUUGUUAUUAUUAUUAUUAUUAAUUAUUAUUGCUCAGUGGCCAACUAUAGUCCGGCCCUCCAACAGUCCGAAGGAUCGUGAACUGGCCCCCUGUUUAAAAAGUUUGGGGACUCCUGGUCCAGGAUGUGGCAAGAGUCCUUUGUCACUGGGAAGGCAGCAUUAAUCUUUCAGUUAAUCACCCUAAUUAGCAUUGGAAAGGUUUUGUCUCUUGCCUGGGGGGCAUCCUUUGUUCAGUCAUUAGCGUCCUUGGGUCUCCUCUGCCCUCAGAGUGUUGGUUCCCAUCUACUGUUCUGAUUUUAGAGUUUUUUAAUACUGGUAGCCAGAUUUUGUUCAGUUUCAUGGUUUCCUCCUUUCUGUUGAAGUUGUCCACAUGCUUGUGGAUUUCAAUGGCUUCUCUGUGUAGUCUGACAUGAUAGUUGUUGGAGUGGUCCAGCAUUUCUGUGUUCUCAAAUAAUAUACUGUGACCAGGUUGGUUCAUCAAGUGCUCUGCUAUGGCUGAUUUCUCUGGUUGAAUUAGUCUGCAGUGCCUUUCAUGUUCUUAGACUCUUGUUUGAGCGCUGCGUUUGGUGGUCCCUAUGUAUACUUGUCCACAGCUGCAUGGUAUCUGGUAGACUCCUGCAGAGGAGUCUCUGAGGAUGCCUGCCAUAGAUGGGGGCAAAACGUCAGGAGAGAAUACUUCUGGAACAUGGCCACACAGCCCGAAAGACAUACAACAAUCCUGAAAUGGUUGAUUUUGUCUGUACUGGAUGAUUCUGGCUUCAUAUCUUUCAAUUUUUCUGGCUGUUGCUGUAAUUUGUUCUUUCACAAUUUCCAAAGCUUCUUCAAUUUUUCUGGUGUUCAGCCAGUACUUUCGGAUGAGGUAUUGCUUGAUUUUGUCAUUCUUCAGUUUCUUCUCUUUCAUAUUUUUCAAGUUACUUGCAUCUGAUCUAAGUUUUUUGAUUUUCAACUCUAGCCUGACCUUCCACUUUGGUUUUCCAGUCGAUUUUCUUUGGGGCUGCCUUGGUUGUAAGAACCCAAGCUCUUCUGUUACUAUCACUGCUGCACUGUAGGCAUACUGGUUUGUUUGUUCAAUUGAUGUUAUUUGUACAGUGGAGAGUACUGCAUUAACAUCCUUCAUGAGAGGUGCCAGGUGUCUCUUAGGCACUGUUUUUAGAGUUGGGAGCUGCUUUCUUAUUGCAUUUGCUGCAGCAUGAGCCAUGAUCUUAUCCUUGA